UUAAAAAAAUAUAUGGUGUUGAAAAGUUUUGAAAAAUAUUUCAUUUUAUUUCAAAAUUUCUGAAAAAAUUUAAAGUGCAGAUAAAAUUUAAACAAAAAAAUACAAAAAAAAGAAAUAUUUAAAACAACAAGACGUCUUAACAGCGUCUUUCUAAACCAAAUGUUUUACUACUUUUAAAAUCUCUGAAAUUGUAUAAUUUUUUAAUUAACUAGUGAUUUUUUUUCGAAAUAACGGUAAUGCUUAAUCUUAAAAACAACGCGCUGGUACGCGUUCAUUUACGGUGAUAAUAAUGAAUUUAAAUCAACACAGUGGUCCAGGUCCACCGCAACAACAAAAAAUGAAAACUUUACAAAACUCCAACAAUUCCAAUACCAACACCACCGUUAAUAAAAAAAUCACUUUAAACGACAAUAAAACCAAUUACGAUCAAGUUGAUUGUGCUUCGUCUAAUAGUAACGUUUCGACCAUCACUACAACCAACUCGGUAAUGUGUGCUUAUGUUGGUGGUACCAAUAUGACUUCGUCAACGGCUUUAAAUAAUCUUAGUAAUGGCGGUAGUGGUGGCGGAGGUCUUGUUAAUGGUGCCAAUAAUUCCUUGGCCGCCUCUAAUGUAACAAAUGGCUGCUUAUCAUCUACAUCAUCUUCGUCCGCCCCUCCUGUGGCCCGUACUAUAUCCUCAGAUCGUUUGGUAACAGGUCCUUCGUGCAAGGCUUUACGUACUGCUGUUUCUGCUUUAUAUUCUGUGGAUGACUUUGUUAAGGAGAAAAUUGGUUCGGGGUUUUUCUCGGAAGUUUAUAAGGUAAGUUAUCAUUUUAAUUGUCGUUAAGACUAGUCCAUAGAGUAGUUUAUAGACUAGAUAAUAGAUCAGUUAAUAGGCUUGUUAAUAUACUAGCCAAUAGACUAGUCUAAGGACAAGUAAAUAGACCAGCCAAUAGGCUAGUUAAUAGUCAAUGGACUAGUCCAUAGACUAGUCAAUAGACAAGUUCAUAGAGUAGUCAAUAGACAAGUCCAUAGACUAGUCAAUAGACAUGUCCAUAGACUAGUCAAUAGACAU